AUGUCGUUCGAGGAAGAAGAGGAAGAGGAGACAUUGGAGCAUACACUUCUCGUGGUUCGUGAGGUCUCCGUCUACAAGAUCCCGCCUCGAACCACAUCAGGCGGAUACAAGUGCGGAGAAUGGCUUCAGUCCGAUAAGAUCUGGUCUGGUAGACUCCGCGUUGUAUCGUGCAAGGAUCGAUGCGAGAUCCGUCUCGAGGAUUCGAAUUCCGGCGAUCUUUUCGCGGCUUGUUUCGUGGAUCCUGGCCGGAGAGAGAAUUCCGUCGAGCCGUCUCUUGAUUCGUCUAGGUAUUUUGUUUUAAGGAUCGACGAUGGGCGUGGGAAGUAUGCGUUUAUUGGGUUAGGGUUUGCUGAGAGGAAUGAGGCGUUUGAUUUCAAUGUCGCUUUGUCGGAUCAUGAUAAGUAUGUGAAGAGGGAGAAAGAGAAGGAGACAGGAGAAUCGAGUGAGAGCGAUAGUCAUAUUGAUAUCCAUCCUGCAGUUAAUCACAGAUUGAAGGAAGGCGAAACCAUUAGAAUCAACGUUAAGCCCAAACCUACUACAAAUGGCACUGGGAUGCUCUCAGCUGCGCUUUCAGGUAACGGGAAGCCUAAACCAUUAUCACUUGCUCCGCCACCAAAUGCUGCUACAAAAACCAGGUCUCCUUUACCGCCUCCUCCAAAUGAUCCCAUCACUUCAAGGAUUGCAUCUGAUAGCAGUAAGGAAUCAAUGGAUAACACAAGACGCAGGAACGAUCCUCUAUCUGAUCUAUCUCAGCUCAAGAAGAAUCUUCCCUCGACAACGAGAUCAGGACCAACCAAGUCAACAGGAACUGCAUCAGGUUGGGCAGCUUUCUGA